GCCCUCGCCUUUAUCCUCCCAUCCCUCACUAAGUACGCUCCGCGACGGGAACAAGCAGUUCCGGAUUGGAUCCUGGACAAACUGUGCCUAGCGGAUAACAAUCCUACCGGAGCACGUCCGAUCGAUGUUAUUAUCGGCGCGGACAUUUACAGCGAUAUCAUACAGAGCGGAGUCCGUAAGGGGCUCAAAGGUCAACCGAUUGCUCAACAGUCUCAUCUCGGUUGGCUCAUUUCGGGACCAACAACAAACCGACCGUCUACGCGUCAUGAAAUUCGCGCCUUUCAUUGCUCUCUAGAACGGGAGAUUCGAAAAUUCUGGGAGGUUGAGGAGCCCCCCCGUGUCUCAGCGCGCUCUCCGCUCGAUCAACAAUGCGAAAUGCAUUUUCAGCAGACUCACACGCGCACUGAAGACGGACGAUAUACCGUUCGCCUUCCAUUCAAGUCUAAAUCUCCGAUCGAGAUAGGCCACUCGAGGUCGAUAGCCUUGCACCGAUUGACCUCUCUCAAACGGAGACUCGAUUCGUGCCCUGAAGUCAAAAAAGAAUAUUCCGAUUUCCUUGCCGAAUACGAGUCCUUACGCCACAUGACGCGAGUUGAGCCAACGUCCGCGACAAAUUCACUCGCUGUUUACAUCCCCCACCAUCCCGUUAUUCGAACGUCUAGUGCCACGACUCGCCUAAGGGUCGUAUUCGACGCCUCAAGUUCCACCUCCAACGAAACAUCUCUCAACUCACAUCUCCAUGCAGGUCCGAAGCUACAGACAGACUUGCCGGCUGUCUGUCCGCUCCUAAUUCGCUGGCGUACACCACGCUACGUAUACAGCGCGGACAUCGCCAAGAUGUACCGACAAAUUUGGGUAGAUCCCCGCGAUCGCGACUUCCAAAGAAUCGUUUGGAGGCCUAAUGAGAGUGCCGACAUUCUCGACUACCAACUUAAUACAGUAACGUACGGAAUGGUCUCCGCUCCAUAUCUCGCGCUCCGCGUUCUUAAACAGCUCGCAACGGAUGAAGGCGAGCCAUUUCCUAUCGCUGUUUCGAUUCUUAGGGAUAAUAUUUACGUCGACGACGUUCUAUUCGGUGCUCACACCAUUUCGCAAAUUCAAACAGCUCGCAAACAACUUUGCGAGCUUCUGUCUCGCGGAGGAUUUACAUUGCGAAAAUGGGCGAGCAAUCGGGCGGAGUUACUCUCCGAUAUUCCGUCUGAGGACCACGGUUUAGCGUGUCACCGUGAUCUUCAGUUGGACGAAAACGUCAAGAUUCUAGGUAUAACUUGGACUCCAGCGCUUGACGCUUUCCAAUUUCGCGUAGACUUAGUUCUCGAAAUCCCGCAAACAAAGCGGCAAGUUCUGUCCGCUAUAGCCAAACUCUUUGAUCCACUCGGAUGGGCGUCCCCCACCACAGUCCUCGCCAAAAUAUUCAUGCAACAUCUGUGGACGCUGCGUCUGUCGUGGGAUGAUGUUUUACCGCCAGGCGAGCGUAACCGAUGGGAAACAAUAUACUCCUCGCUUAGUCACUUAAAUCUAAUAUCCCUGCCGCGGUGGAUCGGUCACGGGAUCAAGGACAUUCGUUACGAGCUUCACGGCUUCGCCGAUGCGUCCACCAGAGCUUACGCAGCGUGUGUCUAUUCGCGCACUGUAUCGCCUUCUGGCGAGAUUACCGUUACGCUCCUGGCAGGCAAAUCGCGAGUCGCUCCGCUCAAAACCAUGAGCGUGCCGCGCUUGGAGCUCUCCGCAGCUCUGCUAUUGACGCAAUUAGCUGUCUUCAUCAAAGAAGCGCUCAAUCUGAGUCCGAUUCCAUGUUUCUGCUGGACGGACUCCACCGUCACUUUAACGUGGAUUCGAGCUCACCCGUCUAAGUGGAAAACCUUUGUAGCGAAUCGUGUUUCCGAAAUUCAAUCACUUCUCCCGCAAGCGGAGUGGCGGCAUGUGUCAACCGUUGACAAUCCCGCGGACUGUGCCUCGCGGGGCAUCCUCGGCUCGGAGCUCCCGUCAUUCGAUCUCUGGUGGCACGGCCCUCCGUGGCUCCGACGAGAAUCAACCACGUGGCCCUCGAUUCGCGACUUGACAUCCACCGAAGCUAACGAGGACGCGCGCGGUGCAACAGUUCAUAACACGAGGACUCAGGAUCCGUGGGAUUUAGCGACUCGAUUUUCGAGUUGGACUCGACUGCUCCGAGUCACCUCCUAUGUUUUUUGUUUCGUGUCACGCUGUCGGCCGAAAACUGCUUCUCCGAUUAACAAAGAAUCAGCUCUUACUUCCCUGUCAGCGGGCGAGUGUCAUCGCGCGACAUUAUUUUGGAUUAGAGUCAUCCAAGCCGAUACGCUUUCUGACGAAAUACAAGCAAUUCGAAAACACCAACCGGUAUCGAUACGAAGUCCCGUCGCAAAGCUAAACCCGUUUCUCGAUUCAGAUCAAAUCCUCAGAGUCGGAGGGCGCUUGAAUUACGCUCCUCUUCCGACGACUCACAAACAUCCCGCAUUAUUAGCGAAGCAUCCCGUCACUACGCUUUUAGUCCGAUACGCUCACAUACGAUCAAUGCACGCCGGGGUACAAUUAACAUUAGCCACCCUCCGACAAAGGUACUGGGUUCUUCGAGCGCGCGCGAUAGUCAAAGGCGUUAUUCACGAGUGCGUCCCGUGUACGCGGGAAAGAGCAGCUAUCCCGAAGCAACUUAUGGGGCCCCUGCCACCCGCUCGAGUCACGGCGCCCCCUAAAGCAUUUAGCCAUUGCGGCGUAGAUUAUGCCGGCCCCGUUCAAACUCGAACCGCACCCGGCCGUGGAAUCAAAUCCCGAAAAGGCUACAUCGCUCUUUUCAUUUGUCUCGCGUCCCGAGCAAUUCACCUGGAGCUCGUCAGCGAUUACUCGACUCAGGCUUUUCUUCUCGCAUUUACUAGAUUCUGUUCGCGGCGCGGACUGCCGUGCACGAUGUAUUCCGACAACGGAACGACAUUUGCCGGCGCCGACAAAGAGUUACGUAACGCCUAUCAAGCCGCGCUAUCGGAUAAUGACUUCCAAAAUCGCACCGCUUCUGACGGCAUUCUCUGGAAGUUUAUUCCGCCGCACGCGCCUCAUUUCGGUGGUUUGUGGGAGUCGAGCGUGCGAAGCGUCAAGCAUCAUAUUCGACGCGUUCUCGGAUCUCACUUCCUCACCUUCGAAGAGUUCACAACCUUGCUCUCCCGAAUCGAAGCUUGUUUAAAUUCCCGGCCCUUGGAGCCGCUUACGGACACGCUCGAUGAUUUCGAGCCACUUACUCCAGGCCAUUUCUUAAUCGGCUCGGCGAUCACGAUGCCGCCCGAGCCCUCGCUGUUGCACAUCAACGAGAAUCGACUCUCUCGAUGGCAACUAAUUCGGCAGAUAACAGAAACUUUCUGGCAAUUAUGGCAAUCAGAUUAUGUUAAUACGCUCCAACAGCGAAGUAAAUGGUGCCGCGAGAAAGAGGGAGUCAAGGUAGGCGCGAUGGUGCUCCUCAGAAAUCCGUGCAAGUGGGAACUCGGACGCGUAACCCGGUGUCAUCCGGGCCCUGACGGUUUGGUACGCGUGGUUUCCGUCAAAACCGCACAAUCGGAGUUCAAGCGACCAAUCGUUAAAUUAUGCGUUUUACCGUUCGCCGAACCCUCCGCACAAACCGAGCAACCAAACAAGACGACAUCCCAGGAGAUUCCGUUGCGCCAGUAA